CAGCCGAGGUCGGCCCCAGGGCGCGGAGAGGCGUGGCCGGCCCUGGCGGACCCUGGAGGCGGCCAUGGCCUCGGUGGUGGAAUACAAAGGGCUCAAGGCCAGCUACCACUGCGGCUACUGCGGCUCCGAGGAGGGCAAGGUGUCCUGCGGCAUGUGGGCGCAUUCCAUGACCGUACAGGAUUAUCAGGAUCUUAUAGAUCGAGGAUGGCGAAGAAGUGGGAAAUAUGUGUACAAGCCUGUCAUGAAUCAAACAUGUUGUCCUCAGUACACGAUAAGGUGCCGACCUUUACAGUUUCAGCCAUCAAAAUCUCACAAGAAGGUUUUGAAAAAAAUGUUGAAAUUUCUGGCUAAAGGGGAAAUUUCCAAAGGAAAUUGUGAGGAUGAGCCCAUGGAGCCCACCAUGGAUGAGAGCGUUGCAGGUGACUUUGCAUUAAUAAAUAAAUUGGAUAUACAGUGUGACCUUAAAACACUCAGUGAUGACCUCAAAGAGACCUUUGAGAGUGGGGAGAAGAAGAAAGGAAAAAGCCCAAAGAAAGAAGAACCUAAGGAAUUAAUUCAAUCACAACAGAUAGAGGAGAAGUUGGGCUCUGGUGAGCCAUCCCAUCCAGUUAAAGUACACAUGGCUCCUAAGCCAGGCAAAGGGGCAGAUUUGAGUAAGCCUCCAUGUCGGAAAGCAAAGGAAAUCCGAAAAGAAAGGAAAAGGUUAAAACUCAUGCAGCAGAACCCAGCUGGAGAACUUGAGGGUUUCCAGGCUCAAGGUGAACCACCAUCUUUGUUCCGACCAAAGGCUAAUAAAUCCAACCAGCCCAAAUCACUUGAAGAUUUAAUUUUUGAAUCUUUACCAGAGAAUGCAUCACACAAGUUAGAGGUGAGGUUAGUACCUGUCUCCUUUGAGGACCCAGAGUUCAAGUCGUCCUUCAGCCAGUCAUUUUCUUUAUAUGUCAAGUAUCAAAUGGCCAUACACCAGGAUCCGCCUGAUGAAUGUGGGAAGACGGAGUUUACAAGGUUCCUUUGCAGCUCCCCUCUGGAGGCUGAGAACCCCCCUCAUGGACCAGAUUGUGGUUAUGGCUCCUUUCACCAGCAGUACUGGCUUGAUGGAAGAAUCAUUGCUGUGGGAGUGAUUGACAUCCUUCCAUACUGUGUAUCUUCUGUCUAUUUGUACUAUGAUCCUGAUUAUUCAUUCCUGUCUUUGGGUGUCUACUCCGCACUACGAGAAAUUGGUUUUACUAGGCAACUUCAUCAGAAAACAUCUCAACUCAGCUAUUAUUAUAUGGGUUUCUACAUUCAUUCAUGUCCCAAGAUGAAAUACAAGGGUCAGUAUAGACCUUCUGAUUUGUUGUGUCCUGAGACGUAUGUUUGGGUGCCCAUUGAGCAGUGCCUGUCGUUGCUUGAGAAUUCCAAGUACUGCCGUUUCAACCAGGACCCAGAAGCAGUGGACGAAGGUCGCAGCAAGGAGCCCGACCGGCUGCAGGUGUUCCACAAGAAAGCCAUCCUGCCCUACGGCGUCUACAAGAGGCAGCACAAGGCGGCGGCCGAGGAGGCGGCGGUGCUGCAGUACGCGCGGCUGGUGGGGCAGGCGUGCGCCGAGCGGAUGCUGCUGCUGCGGAACUGACGGCGGCCGCGCCCCCCGCGCCCCCCCUGCGCCCCGCACCCC